GGAUUAGAGGAUGAAACAAUGUAUCAAUUGCCUUUGCCAUCAAGUACCCCUAAGGUGCAGUUAACUUCAUCUCAUCCAAUAAAUAUUCCGUUUAGCUUAAUAUGUCCACCACAUCGACUCAACGUGCUCUUUCAUCUUGUUUUUUUUGGGGGUUUUAGCAACGAACUUCGGACUCUUAGAGGGUAAAAUCUCUUGGUGUGGUUAUGUAGUAGUUCUGGCACAACAUGUUUUUUUAGGAUAAAUGAGGACUUAACGACUUUCCUUAUGGAAAAACACAAACUCGAUGAACCUCGCCGCCAACUCCAAUUCAGAAUUAGGGAAGUCUGAUACAUUGAAUGGUAAAAAAUUUGGGCACCCAGAUUUGCUUAAAAUGGAAUAGGGGUGGUUGGCAGGUUAUAAAUAGGGAUUAUCGGAAGCCCAUCACAGUACCCAAAGAGAAAAAACAAAAAAGAAAGAAAGGCAAAACCUCUCUCACCCCACCCACUGUAAUGGCAAUUGCUCCGAAAUCAACAGCCGGCUUUCUCCACUUAAAGAAGCUCAAUAUCCCUUCUCCAUCUCGUCUUUCCUCAGGCAAGGCCUUUGUUUCAACCAAGAGAUUCGAUCCAAUGGCUACUUUAACCACUGCUCGAACUCUUGGCCUUGCUGACACUUUCUCUAAAUUGAAAACACAAGGCAAAGUUGCUUUAAUCCCAUACAUCACAGCUGGUGAUCCUGAUCUUCCAACAACAGUUGAGGCACUUAAGGUGCUUGACUUAUGUGGCGCAGACAUAAUUGAACUAGGCGUACCAUAUUCUGAUCCUCUAGCUGAUGGUCCUGUAAUCCAGGCUGCGGCUACGCGUUCUUUGGCAAGAGGAACCAACUUCAAUGCUAUUCUUUCAAUGUUGAAGGAGGUGGUUCCAGAGUUAUCUUGUCCAAUUGCUUUAUUUACAUAUUACAACCCAAUUCUCAAGCGCGGGGUGGAGAAGUUUAUGUCCACUGUAAAGGAUGUAGGCAUACAUGGGCUUGUGAUUCCAGAUGUUCCUUUGGAGGAGUCUGAAAUUUUGAGAAGAGAAGCUCUCAGAAACAAGAUCGAAUUGGUACUGCUUACAACACCGACUACUCCGAUAGACCGAAUGAAAGCUAUUGUCGAAGCAUCAGAAGGAUUCGUGUAUCUUGUGAGCUCAACCGGAGUUACUGGUGCCCGUGCGUCUGUAAGUGAUCGGGUUCAGACUCUUAUUGGAGAAAUUAAAGAGGCAACAACCAAGCCUGUUGCGGUAGGGUUUGGCAUAUCAAAACCUGAGCAUGUGAAGCAGGUAGCAGGAUGGGGAGCGGAUGGUGUGAUUGUUGGCAGUGCCAUGGUGAAGCUGCUGGGUGAAGCAGAGUCUCCCGAGGAAGGAUUGAAGGCGCUAGAAACUUUUACCAAAUCUUUGAAAUCAGCACUUGCUUGACUAUUUGAAUGGAAUUAAGUCAGACAUGUCACAUUUUAUUCUUAAUUAUGGUUUUCGUUGGAAAAUAUGUUGAACCUUUGUUUUGAAAGUAUAGAUAUUCAUUUUAUAUAAAUUAUAAUUGAUGAAUUAAAUUUAACAUUUGGAUUAUCGUAGUU